AUGAACCCUUCGAUCAAGAACAUACCUGAGAUCCAUCGAUCGUCGGACAGCAGCAAUGCCCCGGACGGAUCGACAUCAAGCAUCGUGUUCUUCGGUCUGCACCUUUUUGUGGACUCUUACAAGAGUUUCUUGCUCUGCGACGAAAGCACAUCUAAGACCUUGACGUUUCCAGGCGUCACAGAUAAGAUCAGGUGCAUGAGGCUGUGCUGUCUAAACCAAAUGGGGGCUAGAAAGACGGACAAGCACCUGGUACUUUAG